UUAACCAUUAUCUUUAAAUAAUCCCUUCAAAAUCGUCCAAACCACACUAUUUUUUCUUCCAUUUCCGAAAACGCGCAUAGAGAACUUGAGCUCUGAGACUUCGCGUUCCGCUAUCCAUUCUCUCUCCGUGUAUGUGCCUGUAAUCAGGUAAUCAGGCAUUAUCUCCCUAAGCAUCUCUCCAUCAAGAAAGCUAAAAAGGCCUCUCUUUCUCUUAACAGAAGAAAGAGAGUUCUUAGUUUAAUGGCAAAAUCAAAGAACAAUGCAAAUAAAGUUUCUUAUAUCUCCGUUCCAUCACAAGUAAUCAACACUUUAUCUUCUUCUUCUCUGCAAACUCUGCUUUUCUCACCAAAGAAACCAUCUAGGAACAGGUUCUUAAGCUGGAAUUCGUAUAAGAACCCGAGAUUUUGGUUCUUUUCUCUCUUUUUCUUUGGUUUUCUUGGUAUGUUUAAGUUAUGGUUCGAUCUUGACCCUUUGGUACCUUUCUAUCCAUACCCAUGUAUCACAAGUCAAACUCAGGGGAACUCAUUCUCAAAUGGUUACUUAAGAUCACAGCUUGCUUUCCCUUCAAAUGGUGAAAAAAAUGGCCAAAAAGAUCAAGAGGCUGUGGCUGUUAUUGGUAUGGGGUCAAAAUCUGAGGUGGGUUCGGCUUCAAAAAUCGAAAAAGGUAGUCGAAGUGCUCCCAAAGACAAGUUUUUGAAGAGUAUUGUUCAAUCUAAGCCCCUACUAUCAAACAGAAAUGCAAAAUCAGGUGGGGAUGGAAAGGGGAAUGAUUUCUGGAAGCAGCCUGAUGGAUUGGGUUAUAAACCAUGUUUGGAGUUCAGUUCGGAGUAUAGAAGAGGGAGUGAGGUGAUAGUGAAAAAUAGAAGAAAGUACUUAUUAGUUGUGGUUUCGGGUGGUAUGAAUCAGCAGAGGAAUCAAAUUGUGGAUGCUGUGGUUAUUGCAAGAAUCCUCGGUGCUGCUUUGGUUGUUCCCAUCUUGCAAGUCAAUGUCAUAUGGGGAGACGAAAGUGAAUUUUCUGAUAUAUUUGAUUUGGAGCAUUUCAAGAGAGUUUUAGCUAAUGAUGUGAGGAUAGUUUCAUCAUUGCCUUCCACACAUAUAAGGACAAGGCCAGUGGAGGAAAGUCGAACUCCUCUACAUGUCUCACCUCAGUGGAUCCGUGCACGCUAUCUCAAGCGACUUAAUCGGGAAGGGGUUUUGCUUUUGCGUGGUUUGGAUUCAAGACUUUCUAAAGAUCUCCCUUCUGAUCUUCAGAAACUUCGCUGCAAGGUGGCAUUUAAUGCGUUGAGAUUUGCCCCAUCAAUUUUGGAGCUUGGUAACAGGCUUGCAGAGAGGAUGCGGAGCAAAGGACCAUACCUUGCUCUUCAUCUACGGAUGGAAAAGGAUGUAUGGGUGAGAACAGGGUGCCUUCCUGGUUUGAGUCCAGAAUAUGAUGAGAUUAUAAACAAUGAGAGAAAACGACGGCCUGAACUCCUUACUGGAAGAUCGAAUAUGACUUACCAUGAUAGAAUACUAGCUGGUCUCUGCCCCUUGAAUGCCAUGGAGGUGACAAGGCUGCUUAGAGCUCUUGGAGCUCCAAAAGAUGCAAGAAUAUAUUGGGCUGGAGGGCAGCCGCUUGGUGGUAAAGAAGCUUUGAUGCCAUUAACCAGAGAAUUUGCCCAUUUUUACAAUAAGGAAGACAUUGCUUUGCCUGGUGAAUUAGAACCCUUUGCAAAGAGGGCUUCCCUGAUGGCUGCCAUUGAUUAUAUAGUCUCAGAAAAGAGUGAUGUUUUCAUGCCAUCUCAUGGUGGAAAUAUGGGUCAUGCAAUCCAGGGACAUCGGGCAUAUGCUGGGCACAAGAAAUAUAUCACCCCUAACAAAAGACACAUGCUUCCUUAUUUUCUCAAUUCCUCUCUACCUGAAUCAGAGUUCAAUAGAAUCAUAAAGGACUUGCACCGUGACUCCUUGGGGCAACCAGAACUGAGGGAUAGCAAAGCUGGAAGAGAUGUCACAAAGUAUCCAGUUCCCGAAUGCAUGUGUAAGAAUUCACAUACUCAUUCCUCCUCAUGAUUGAAUGCCAAAAAUUGCCAGCACCAAGAUUAGAAUGCAACAGAUUGCUUCAUCUUAAAAUCAGCAUUUCAUCGAUGAAUCCCUUGAAUCUAAGCUGUUUUGAAAGUGUGAUACUGACAAUGUUCCUGUCAAUGCUGGUUUUAAGGAGCACCAUUUUUGAAGCGCAUGCGUGGCAGGUGUGCUUUUCUUGCAAGUAAACUCAUUAUUUAUCCAUAACCGCCCUACUUAUAUGUAUGUACUGUACAUGAGAGGAAAUAUAGGUAUAUUUAGAGAAGAAUGAUGUAUCAUACUGAGUCAUUUUUUAAAUUCUUUACAGUUGAUAGCCCAAUUUUCUCCUCUUUAGGAUCAUUUUUUUUUACCUAGUUCAUUCUUUGUACUAAAUCUAUGUACCACGGGUUCGUAAGGUUCAUACUUGUUUAUGUAUAAUAAAUAAUUUCCAUUUAUAUUUAAUCAGAUGGGAAGUUCAUUUUAUGUUAAUCAAA